CUCAGCCGCCGCCGCUCCCAGGCAGGAGCCCAACGAUGCCAGCGGUGGCCGACUUGCGUCGGCGGCGCUGACCGAUCCGCCGUGUGGGCGCCGGACGUCGACGCACGUGCUCUUCGUGCCGUUGUUCUCUGCUGACGUCGAACGCCUGACUGCGUGGGGCAGCUAGACGAGGCUCACUCAAACGCGGUGCGUGGCUGACCUCCUAACUAGUGCGUGAGCGCCGACCUGUGUCACAGACACGCCCCGGGAGAUUUGGCGGCGCGGCAACUUGUUGGUCACCCCUCUUCGGACCCGGGAGCACGUGUUCUCUGGUGGCGGCAGAUCGCUUGGUGUCUCCGUGUCGUCUCGACAGAGAGCAGUCAGUGGUCUCACGAAGCUUCUCGUAUGUUGUCACUGUACACGCUGCUGCGAGUGCCUCCUUGAAACGUUCCGACUGACAGGUAACGUUGGCACCACGGGAACCACCUGUCUUCGGGGCCGCAAACGAUUCUGGUGCCGUGUUGCGCGUGCCUAUACUGCUGCUCAUAAACGCUUGACUGCUUCUCGAAGCUUCAGUCUUCCUGAAGAAACGCUUGCUGGCGCGAGAAGAACAGUAUAGAUUGCUGGUCAUUGCUGGAAGUGACGCUGUAAGACAUCAAAACUCACUAAAUGAUCGUUUUAUUGGAGUGGUAAGCCUACCACCUUGCUCGGACUUGGAAACGAAAGGCAACACCACCGUGCGCUCAAUGGGACAGUUCGUGGGUACUCCAUAAAACUGCUAAAAGAACGAAGAGUCACCCGUUUACAAACACGUGGAGCCGGUUCUUUGUUCAAACAGAUUUCCAACUGCCGUGGAUAAGAGACGUGCUUUGAACAAGAUUUUAUCUAAGCCUGCUCAGGCUGUGACGUCUUACCUUAGGAGACAUCAACGCCUCGGGAUGAAAAAAAAGUAGAAUAUUUUGGAGAACAAACAGAAGGAUAUUCGUUUUGAUCAUGAGGGGCAAAAGCGUUUACAGAAGUUGAUCGAGUGCGUCUUCAGCUUUAUUCAGCACCGGCUGUAAGACACAUUUCUAGCUUACAGACAACGUUAGAGGUCCAUUUGAACUUGUAGAGGAUUCCCGGUUUCUUAAUUUUUUUUUCCUCGCCUAGGCGCAAGGAGAAUACUGGUGCAACACUAGAACGCCCAGUGGCCUAUUGCGUCAAACUUGGAGAUAAUCAAGAGACUGCAACGCUGCCGCUGUUUUUAAAAGAGUAACACGCGCCAGUGUCAGAGACUUGCAGCAAACGUGACCGCCGAUUGAGGUGACGCUGGUCAAUUUGGUGCAUCGCAAUGGUGACUAAGCCACACGUCGACUCUCUCACAACUGUGUGCUUGCAGUGAAACAUUCCACUGAGUUCGAAAGAACGCGCACGGAUGAAACGGUGCGGACACGAUGCCUGACACAACGCGGCGGACUAUGACAGUGCAGCGGUGCUAUGGAGCGUCCUCGCGUCGGUGUGAUGCGCCUCGGGAAAGUUGGCUUCUCGGCGCGCUCUGGAUUGCAGCAGCUUCGCACGUCGCCUACGGUGGUUCAUCAUCGGUGCACAGAAAACUCCCCAGCUUCGCCGAACCUAUCCCGAACGUGACAGUGGCAGCAGGUCGAGAGGUGACUUUGACCUGCGUCGUCGACAACCUCGGGAGUUUCAAGGUGGCCUGGAUCCACACGGACCGGCACAUGCUGAUCUCGAUGCACGACAACCUGAUCACGACCAACCCGCGGUAUAACAUCGCGCACAACGGCCACCGCACGUGGCAGUUGCACGUGCGCGAGGUCGAGGAAGCGGACCGUGGCGAAUACAUGUGCCAGAUCAACACCAACCCCAUGAAGAAGAUGAUGGGCUACCUGCACGUCGUCGUUCCUCCGAGGAUCGACGACGAGAACACAAGCUCUGACGCAGAGGUGCGUGAAAACAGCGACGUGUCCCUAAGGUGCCGAGCUACGGGCACACCCGAGCCGGUCAUCAAGUGGCGAAGGGAGGAUGACGCGCUCAUACUGCUUUCCGGAAAGAAAGGAGUGCCCAGCUAUCAAGGCGAGUACCUGAACAUGAGCAAAGUGACGCGGCUGCACAUGGGGCCGUACCUGUGCAUCGCCUUCAACGGAGUGCAGCCCUCCGUCAGCAAGCGCAUACUCCUCAAGGUUGACUUUGCCCCCAUGAUCUGGCAGCCCAACCAGCUGGUCGGCGCGCCGCUGGGCGCCGACGUGACGCUCGAGUGUAAUCUGGAGACGCACCCGCGUGGCAUGACCUUCUGGGAGCGGGACGACGGCACCAUGCUUAUCUCGAACGCCAAGUACGACUCGCUGGUGGUCGAGACCGGGCCCUACCGCCUGCUGCUGCGACUCACCAUACGGGACCUGAAGCCCGACGACUUCGGCACCUACAAGUGCGUCUCCAAGAACCCGCUCGGGGAGACCGAGGCAAACAUCAAGCUCCAAGAAAUACCCAGGCCGACGUCUUCGACUGUCGCGUCCUCCAAGGAGUUCCAAGUCAGGAAACACUGGGAGACAACCUCAACGCAGCAAUCCAAUGGGCCUCGGCACCACUUGGGAACUCACGCUUCCAACGCUCUGCUCAAAGAAGGGCGCAGAGGAGAGUAUUCAACUGAAGAAGAAGGCACUCAGGGUUACCCUCCUCCGAACUUCAACCAGGACUACGAGAGAUCAGCAGACAAGGACAGUACGCGACCGUCGUCCGGUCACAACCUGGCUACGCAGACUCGCACCGCGUCUUCCGUCGUGGUCCUGGCCGCAGUUAGCGCUUUGCUGCUUCGCAUCUGCGGCGUCUGAUCCCUGCUUCCACCGAGGACCGCUGCCAUUGGGAAACUACGCGCGUACUGCUUCCAGACCCUGCGCGCAGCCAACGUGGAGAAAAAUGAAAAAAAAAAGAAGUAAAAAAAAAGAGAAACUGAAUAAUGAAACGCGUUGCUAAGAAUCGCAUUUUUCUGUUCGUUCGUCCCCGCCAUCUGCUUCACUCGAGCCGGAAGCGGAAAGAAAAAGUGAUGAAAAGAAAAAAAAAGUGUCACGAACUAUCACCGUUAAACGGGUGACCUCUCGCGAAAGAACUGAUGGACGCUCAGUGCAAGGCGACAACGGUGCUUCGGUGCUCCUCAGAUCCUAACAACCGUCGUGGGAACAUGCUUCGGGCCGCUCCGCAGUGGUUGUAAGGGUAACAGCUCUAGCGCCAAACCACCGAAGCAGCCACCGACGACAUCUGCUCGGGUAACCUGCGGGCACACCUGAGCCACCGACUCCCAACUUAUCCUGCUCCUCCUACCCCUACUUGCUCCCUGUUUCUGUCGAAAAAAAAAAAAAGAAAAGAAAAGGAAACGAUGUGCCAACAGAUGCCAACUCAAAGGAAAAGAACAAAGCAAGUUGUAGCUGAAUUUCUUGAGAAUGGUGAACGCUUAACAGAAUGUUGUCACAGUUUAGCAAGUUGCAAAGUGCGCCAACUCGAGAGCUGCUGCUGCUGCUUCUUUAUCUUAGAGCGGUAGGAGUCAGAAACCAUCGGUGCUGGAAACAAAAUAUCAGAGUGAAACUACAGCUUUACUAUCGCUGUCUAGAGAAGGUGACUAAAGCUGUAUGUUUGAUUCUUACAUAUACUUUUAUCUACUUUGACGUAUUCAUAAUGUGGCGAUAAUAUAAAAAAAGCAUAAAGAAUGACCCAAAGUGGCCCAAUUUUUCUCACCAAGAACUGAUAGUUGGAGCCCGAAUGUUAUAAUUUUUAGACCCUCCUGAUGGAGGAUGCAGAAAUUAGCAAAAAAAAAUUAAAAAUUUAAUACUGAAACAUUGACGUUAUCGCUGUUACGUUGCGUUGCGUUAAAGCGACGUUGAUAAUUAGGACGCACGAGGUUCAUCAAGUUUAAACUUCAAACGUCCUUUUAUCAACAUAUCCUCUUUCCUGUCCCCUGAUCUCAGUCCGCUUUAUAUCAAUAAAGUUCGACAGGCGUGUGACCUAUGCUUUCUAGACAUACGGGUAACUAUCUAGAGUAAACAUCUUACCACAGCAGCUCUCGAGUUUCGUGGGACCGUGUGUUUUGUCAUGAAAGCGGGUAGAAAUGGGCUUCUUGCGCUCUGUAAGCACGAGCAGUCUUUGUCAAAAGUUCAGAAUCCGCUGCAUCCAUGGCCAGCCUCCUCGCACACUGCAGGGACCUUUGUGGGACUGUUUUCGUUUCAAAGGACGAAAGAUUUAAAGAGGCAGUGUUCCUCACUUUUCCGAGUUUCGCAUCGCGAGGCGUACCACAGAAGCUCUGCUCUGGGGUCGUGCAGCAGGUCUCCUUAGUCGCCGAGCGGCUCCGGAAAUUUUGACAAACACUGUAUCUCCUCCGAAGGCUGUGGCAGCAGCUUCGCUUUAACCGCUCUGAUGGGUUGGUGUUUUCUUUUGUGUAGUUGUAUAGAAGGCCACACGAGUUGAAUGCACUAUUUUGGUUACGACACAUCGUGCGAACAGUUCUUUUUUUGUGACUCGAUGGAGGCGAGACUUCUGGCGUCCUCGCCUUUGAUGGUCUCGGCUAAACGGAACGCUACAACGCAGUGGUACUUUUAAACGCACUAGUGAAGGGCCACGUAGCAUUUCUGUAGAACGGCAGACGUACGAUGCAUUUUAGCUUCAGCGAGCCUGGGCUUCUGCGUGCUGCUAAAUUACGCCAUUGCAUGACUGGAUUACGUCAUCGCGGGCAGUUGUAAAUGUCUACGUCGUGCGUUGCUAAUACUGUAUACGGUGCGAUCAACUUUGAAAUGCGGUGUUAAAGAAUUGACUGCUCAGCGGGCUCUCUGAAGCUAAAAGCAUUAACCUUGCAUAUGAUGCCGGGUUUGAGGCCACUGCACUUGUAUUUUGUUGUAGAUACAUUUUUUUUUUCGCUGUUAAACGACAAAAGAUGACUCUUAUUACUGCUAUAACUACUGCUUAGUUUUCAUUCGUUCAGUGAGCCGCGAGUAUAUUGCGUGCUUUUGUAUAUAUGUACGUAGUGAAGUUGAUUUCUUUCUCACUAUCGAGGUUACAUAUGUUUUGUUGCGACAAAAUUUUCUCGUGACAAAUACUGUCGCGUGGUCAACGCUGUCAGUGUUAUAAAAGAGUACACUUACCUUAAUUAUACCGCACCCUCUUUUCAUUACAAAUCACUUUCUUGUGCUGUGUCACUUUUUUUUUUCUUUCUCUUUUUGCCUGCUCACUCGACUUACUGGCAAACAGCUUCUCUGUAUGUACUGCUUGGGUGACAAAAACGAGCUUUCGAAGAAAUAAAGUUGUACAGUACGUGGAGCUCA